AUGGAAUCCGACGGCAACAAGCAGGAGCAAGGCAGCCCCUCGGAGGAGCAGAGCAAGAGGGCCGUUGUAGAUCAGGUUGCGGUGGCCGAUAUAGAUCGGGAGUACGGAUGUCGGUACUGCCACAAGAAAUUUAGCAACAAGCAGGCACUGGGAGGCCACCAAAACGCGCACAAAGUGGAGCGGGCCGUGGAGAAGAACAUGCAGGACAGCAACUACUACGAUGAGGGCCCCGGAUCCCGGAUGACUGUGCCCACCCCUUUCUUCGGUUCCUACCACCACCGCCACGAUUUCCAGCAAAGGUCCCUCUUCGCCUACAACCACCGCCCCUCUGGAAUGUUGGCUGUGGCCCCAUGCCUUCCUCCUUUCCAUGUCCGCCCCAAUCCCAUGGCCCACGCCCAGGACUUUGGGCCUGGACCGUCCAGCGCCUUCACGCCCGUAUUUAAUCAAGCCCCACCCAUGGGCUUCGCAGAAUACCUCAUCCAGCCCGGCUACCCUAAUACGAGGAAUGUUCCGGGAAACCAGUACGAUGAAUCAGGCUUGGAUUUGUCUCUGAAAUUGUGA